CCAACUCCUGACACCAUGGCCUGCUGUCAAACUAGCUUCUGUGGAUUUCCCAGCUGCUCCUGUGGGACCUGUGGCCCCAGCUGCUGCCAGCCAACCUGCUGCCAGACCAGCUGUUGCCAGCCAACCUGCUGCCAGACCAGCUGCUGCCAGCCAACCUGCUGCCAGACCAGCUGCUGUGGGACCGGCUGUGGCACUGGCUGUGGCCAGGAUUGUGGCUGUGGAGGUGUGAGCUGCCGCACCAGGUGGUGCCGCCCUGACUGCCGCGUGGAGGACACCUGCCUGCCCCCCUGCUGUGUGGUGAGCUGCACACCCCCAACCUGCUGCCAGCUGCACCAUGCCCAGGCUGCCUGCUGCCGCCCAUCCUACUGUGGACAGUCCUGCUGCCGCCCAGCCUGCUGCUGCUACUGCUGUGAGCCCACCUGCUAA